CUAUAAGAGUUCAUCAUUAUUGUAUUCUUUGCUACAUAAUUCUUGUUGUCUUUCUCUAGAGCUUUUAAAAAGAAUGCAAUUUUUGUUAUAUAUGUUUAUGCCUUUUGAUACUAUAGGGAUUCUUGAUUAAUUACCUUCACAUAAAAUUUACCUUUUCUUCAAUAAAACUAAGCAGCCUUGAUUCACCUCUUGAAGAAAAGGAUUUUCCUUGUAAUCUCUGUGUCAGUUCUUUUAUAAUGAGAAUUGAUUUAUAUUUCCUUGUUUAAUACACAAGGUUUCAUUGGCCUUCUUUGCUCCCAAAUUAAGCUCAUGGUUAUUUUUUUCAUAUAUAGCAAGUUUUUUUUUUUUUUAAAUAAAAAAAUCUUAAAUCAAUUUCAUUGCAGACUGUCAUUUUGAUUAAUGCGUAGUAGGACCCCAGUUAGUACUUGUUAAAACAUGGCGUUUUUUCAACCUGCAAAAUUUUUAUCUCAACAAGGGAAUAUUGAUUAAACUUGGCUCUUUUCUUAUUGAACUCAGCAGACAUUUGGUGCAUUUUAUAGGAGCUACAUACCAUAACUUUCUCAAGGAUCCCUGUGUAGAUAAUGAUCAGCCACCUGCUAUAAAUGCGUUGUACCUCUGGGGAUGAGAAGCAGUUUUCAGGAAGCCGAUGCUUGAUGGACUGCUUUCCCAGCAGUAGUGACAAGAAAACAUUGAAGAGGUGGUUUUUCAUCGAUAAAAGAGUUGGCUAAAAAGUACCGUGUCUACGCCUAAGGUGCAUAUAUCUGUGUUUUGGCUGGGUGGCUAUUAGUAUCCAACACUUGAUUUUAUUACACUUUGGAAGUGCUUUAUAAGUAGUAUUCUGGAUUCAAUGGACAUGAAGUCAAAUAAUUCAUCUCCAGUUCUCACUGAUCCUGCACCAAUAAACAAGUCAAGACUCGGCAUCCAUUCUAAUCUGCUGCCUUACCCACAAUCUGGAGCUUCUUUUUCCUCUGGCAAGCACAUAAAUAUUCCGAGAAAAAAACCAGGAAAGCUUGAUGAUGUUCGCUCUAAUGGAUGGCUGGAUGCCAUGAAAUCCUCAUCUCCUCCUCGUAAGAAGCUCAUUAAGGAUUUCAACUUUGACGUUGCUGCAGAUGACACUGACGUUGCUUACUUCUCCUGGAUGCUUAAGUACCCAUCAGCACUUAACUCGUUUGAGCAAAUUACAAAUUUUGCAAAAAACAAGAAGAUAGCAAUAUUUCUAGAUUAUGAUGGGACUCUUUCUCCAAUAGUUGAUGACCCAGAUCAGGCCCUUAUGUCUGAUGAUAUGCGUUCUGCUGUAAGAAAUGUUGCAAAGUAUUUUCCAACAGCAAUUAUUACUGGAAGAAGCCGUGAUAAAGCAUAUGAGUUGGUAGGACUAACAGAACUAUAUUAUGCUGGUAGUCAUGGAAUGGACAUCAUUGGCCCUAUCAAUAAGGCAGUGUCCAAUGACCAUCCAAAUUGUAUUAAAUCCACUGACCAACAAGGCAAGGAAGUAAAUCUGUUCCAGCCUGCUAGAGAAUUUAUACCUAUGAUCGAUGAGGUUUUUAGAACCCUUGUGGAGAACACUAAAGAAAUCAAAGGUGCAAUAGUUGAGAAUCACAAGUUUUGUGCUUCUAUACAUUACCGUAAUGUAGAUGAGAAGAACUGGCCAACUAUUGCACAAUGUGUGCAUGAUAUUCUAACACAGUAUCCUCGUUUACGUCUAACUCAUGGCCGGAAGGUUUUAGAGGUCCGUCCUGUGGUUGACUGGAAUAAAGGGAAAGCAGUUGAAUUUCUGCUUGAAUCUCUUGGCCUCAGUAACAGGGAUGAUGUGCUCCCAAUUUACAUUGGUGAUGACCGAUCUGAUGAAGAUGCAUUCAAGGUGUUGAGAGAAGGAAAUCAAGGUUAUGGCAUUCUAGUGUCUUCUGUACCCAAAGAAACCAAUGCAUAUUACUCCCUAAGGGAUCCAGCAGAGGUAAUGAAAUUUCUGUCAUCGCUGGUGAGAUGGAAGAAGCUAGGAGAGGGGGCACGCUCCAUGAACAAUAGAUGGAGUAUUUAAUAUAAUAGCAAUAGACAUUUAAUUUUAAAUUUUACGGAUAUAAAAGGACUUUUUUGUUUUUUUUUUCUGCAGACAGGUCUAAACCUGUUCAUUUUCUCAACCGAGUCUGACAUUAUGUUAUUAACAUAUAUAAAUCACUAGUUGUAAGGUUGAAUUUUGUUAAUGUCUUUUUGCUUUAUGAUUAGCUUUAUCUUGCACAA